AUGCGGUUCAGUUUAAUCACCAGCGUCCUAGCCCUCGGCACCUUUGUCGAGGCAGGCUUCAACCAAGGCGCCAUCAAAGCCUUCAACCGUCCUCACCCUCGACACUAUGAUCAGAAACGCGCUCCCGUUCCUCAACCCCACCUUAACAAGCGAGCAAAGUCUAAAUUCUUGAACAAGAAUUCUGAAAAGUUUGCUGUUAACGGGAGUGCUAUUCCUGAGGUCGACUUUGACGUCGGAGAGUCUUAUGCUGGACUUUUGCCCAUCUCGCAGGAUCCUGAUGAGGAGAGGGAAUUGUUCUUUUGGUUCUUUCCUAGUACUAAUGUCAAUGCCUCUGAGGAGGUGCUCAUUUGGUUGAAUGGUGGUCCUGGAUGUAGUUCUCUUAGUGGUCUUUUGACCGAGAAUGGUCCUUUCUUGUGGCAGCAGGGUACUCUUUCCCCCGUACCAAACUCCUACAGCUGGACAAACCUAACCAACGUCAUCUGGAUCGAACAGCCCGUCGGAGUAGGCUACUCCCAAGGCAAACCGAACAUCACAAACGAAGUAGAACUCGGUCUCCAAUUCGCCGGCUUCUGGAAAAACUUCAUCGACACCUUUGACAUGAAAGGUUUCACCACAUACAUCACCGGAGAAUCCUACGCAGGUUUCUACGUACCUUACAUCGCCGAUGCGUUCAUCACUGCUGAUGAUGACGAUUACUACAAGCUUGGCGGUGUAGCUAUCAAUGAUCCUAUCAUCGGUGACGCUACUCUGCAACAACAGGCUGUUAUUCUGCCGUUUGUCGAGUACUGGGACAAGUUGUUCUAUCUUAAUGAGACGGCAAUGAAUGCCCUGCGCUGGACUCAUGAGCAUUGUGGUUUUGACAAGUAUCUUGAGAAAUACGGUACUUUCCCUCCUCCUGAGGGUAAAUUCGAGGUUCUGCCCGAUCCUUAUCUGGAUACCAAGAACUAUACUUGUGAUAUGUUUGACUGGGCAUACUCGGCCGCUCUGGACCAGAACCCUUGUUUCAACAUCUACCACAUCACUGAUACUUGUCCCAAGACAUAUAGUCAGCUGGGCAUUGUCAACUCUGGCGACUACUCUCCUCCUGACGCUGAAGUCUACUUCAACCGCACAGACGUCAAGAAAGCUCUUCACGCCCCCGUGAACACAUCAUGGUACCAAUGCACCCGCAACAACGUCUUCGGCUUCGGCAAUCCCAACUCCACCCGCAGCGACACCUCCCUCGCACCCGCUCAAAACGACGUUCUCAAGCGUGUAAUUGAGCACACCAACAACACCAUCAUCGGCGUAGGCCGUCUAGACUUCAUCCUUCCCCCCAACGGCACACUCUUCGCCCUCCAGAACGUAACAUGGAACGGCAAACAAGGCUACCAAUCCUACCCCCAGGACAAACAGUUCUACGUGCCCUUCCAUCCUGAGUUCAACGGCGGAAGACUCAGUGAGGCGGGUAUUGUGGGACAGUGGGGUUAUGAGCGUGGGUUGACGUACUAUGAGGUUCAGCUUGCGGGCCAUGAGUUGCCUGGGUAUAGUGCUGGUGCUGGGUACAGGGUUGUGGAGAAGUUGUUGGGAAGGAUUAAGGAUUUGGGCGUCAUUGAGGAUUUUACGACGCAGAAGGGUGAUUAUCAGGGGGAUGUUAAUGCGACGGUUACCAAUGUGGGCUUGAACCACUUUGGACGGCCUUUUGGGCAGGGGUUUCUUUAA